CUUGAGGUCAAAUCUUUCAUCUGAACUUGUUUCCUUUCUUUCUCGCACCUUCCACAUCCAGUACAUCAAGUUCUCCACCACAUCUAAAAUCUGCCCUCUUCCCUCCAUCUCUCCUGCCACCUUCCUAAUCUAAGCCCAAAACACCCUCACCUGCACUCCUGCAGGCAAUCUCCUAACAGGUCUUCCGGAUUCCACCCUUGCUUUACAAUCAAUUCUGCUCACAAAACCCAUCUCAAAUAUUAGCAUGUCUAGUCCAUAUUUUAAAACCCUCAAUGAUUUCCCAACUCCUUACUAUGAAAUUCAUGAUGUGUAUGACCUAACAUGCUCGGCUUCUGCAUGUCUUCCAACUUCGUCUCUCAUUGCUUUCUUGCUGCAACGAGCAUUUCUGAACAUGAUUAUUGGUCCAAUCUUAACUCUCUAGCCUGUGCUCUCAGCUCCCUCCUUGCCAUAAUCUAGAUUCAUGAGAUGACCACAUUCCUUUCAUUUCCUCAAUUAGGACAUGACCCAUUGCCCAAGCUGUCCUGUCCCUUUCACUCAGCACAUUCCUGCACGUCCUGUGGGUUCCAGCUCUACUAUUACUAUACUGGGAUGCCGUGUCUAACCACCCCCAAGUCUGGGUAGAUUCUCCUCCUGUGUGUACUCACGGCCCACUGGACUUCCUGUCUCAAAGUCCCCAUCACAUGGACUUUAACUGCUUGCUAGUGAGGAUAGGAAGAGGAAAAGACAGGAUCUACAUAGAUCACUGGCAGCCAGAACUUGGCACAUAAUUAGUGUUCAACAGAUGUUUCGAAUGAAUCACUGAAGACUGAUAUAAAAACUCACUGUUAUCCUUAAUAAUUCAUUGUGUGUAAGUGUGCAUAUAUGUUUAGCAAAACAUUUCUAGCUCUCAUUAUAAAUUGUGGAUUUAAUUAUUCUUAAAUUUUUGAGUUGUUUUCUCAAUGUCCUGAGUUUAAAACCCUCUGUGACAUACACUGUUAUAUAAAGCCUGGGCUGAGUAAACUGUACCUGAAUUUUAAAGCCAAUGUUAUACUGCCAAGAGUGGAAAAAACCAGAAAAAUGAGCAGAUGGAAUUGUUGGAUUUGCAAGAUGUGCAGAGAUGAAUCUAAGAGACUUCCUUCAAACAUUACUUUGGAGGAAGUAUUACAAUGGGGCCAGUCUUUGGAAAAGCUGAUGGCUACAAAAUAUGGUCCAGUAGUCUAUGCAGCGUACUUAAAGAUGGAGCAUAGUGACGAGAAUAUUAAAUUCUGGAUGGCAUGUGAAACCUAUAAGAAAAUUGCCUCACGGCGGAGCAGAAUUUCUAGGGCAAAAAAGCUUUAUAAGAUUUACAUCCAGCCACAGUCCCCUAGAGAGAUUAACAUUGACAGUUCAACAAGAGAAACUAUCGUCAGGAAUAUUCAAGAACCCACUCAAACGUGUUUUGAAGAGGCUCAAAGGAUAGUGUAUAUGCACAUGGAAAGGGAUUCCUAUCCCAGAUUUGUAAAGUCAGAAAUGUACCAGAAACUUUUGAAGACUAUUCAGCCCAACAACAAUUCCUAACUACCACUCAAAAGUUUAAAUUGAAGAUGGUGUUUUGAAAGUGCUGGCUUUGUUGUUUUAAUUAACACACACACACACAAUCAGAAAUAGAAUAGGAAUGAAAUAAAAGAAAACAAACUACAAAUUAAUUUGUUCUAGUUCUCAAAGAGAAACAGAUCCCCAAAGGGAUGGACUCUAGAAUAGUUAUAACAUGAAAAACACAAUUUAUGGCAUGCCUAUGUAGCUCAGUUAACAUAUAGAAAAAGGAAGGUCUUCAUGACACCAAUAUUAUAAAGUUUUUUACUGCAGUAGUCAACUAAUGGAUGUUUUCUUAUUAAUGAAAUUUUGCUGUCAUAAUGCGCAGAUCAGUUCUUUAAAAAUUGUACCUAUAUGAGUUGUCUCUAGUAUGAGUGUAUUAUAUAGAUGGAGUGCUCAUAAUAACUUCAAUUAGUAGACAAACUUAGUAUGUGAAGUACAAUCAAUGGUCCAAUAUAAUGAGCAAUAUAAAAAGAUAUGUUCUUGAGAGAUAUUUUAUCUGCAAAAUUUUCCUAUUAUAUUCAUAAUUAAACUUCUAUAGCACAAAUAUCUUCUUUAUGUGAAAAUUUCUGAUGAUUCUAAGCUAUUAAGAAUGUAUAAAAUUCUUGGGGCGCCUGGGUGGCUCAGUCGUUAAGCGUUUGCCUUCGGCUCAGGUCAUGAUCCCAGGGUCCUGGGAUCGAGCCCCACAUCGGGCUCCCUGCUCCGCGGGAGGCCUGCUUCUCCCUCUCCCACUCACCCUGCUUGUGUUCCCUCUCUUGCUGUGUCUCUCUCUGUCAAAUAAAUAAAUAAAAUCUUAAAAAAAAAAGAAUGUAUAAAAUUCUUCAUUUAUUCUUAUAUUGACGUGAGGUUAGAAAAUUUGGUUCCUAUAUUUUAAGUACUGUUUCCUCACAAUG